CUCCAAACAAUUUAAUUUGAUUAAUCAAAAUCUAAAAUUCCAAAUUUUCAUCAAUCUAGACUAUUUUUUACACCAUUUUUUGUAUAUUUUUAAUCUUUCGACUAAAGCUAUUACUUUUUUCUCAUAAAUAUGAGCAUUGAUUACAAAGAGGAAAUCAAUAAGCUAAUUAGAUUGUAAAAGCAAUAAAGUUAUCUCAGAUAAAACAAACAUAAUCUAAAUAUCAAUCUUUAGUUAUAAAAUCAAUAAUAAACUAAUACAGAAAUACCACAGUAGUUAAGCAAUAAUGUACAAUUUUUAUUACAAGGAAACAAAUCAUAAUUAGGUAUUAAGGAAGAAUAAUAAUAAUUCAUACCAAAAGGGACAAGGCCUAAGAUAUUAUCCUAAAAAAAGAGCUUUUAAAUUCCGAAUACAAACUCAUAAAUUUAUUACUCUACAGAUCCUGGUGAUACAGAUUUUUAAAAUAAUUCUCUUGUAGGAAUUUAAUAAAAUUCUUUAUUCAGUAUUUCUUCAAAAAAAGUAGUCUAAGAUAAAUCUUAUUUGGUGAAAGACAUUAUAGAGUUUCAAAACAGUUAAAAUCCUGAAUAUAAUGAAGUUGAUAUAAAAAACUAGGACUUUAAUUUUAAAGAAUCUAUUGAUUAGCAAAAUUAAUAUUAAUAAGAUGAAUAUUAAAAUGAAUAAAUUAAGCAGACUGAUUAUUACAAAAUCAAUCAAGAAAAUGGCUAAUAGUAUAAACAAUAAAAUUAUAUAAAUAAAUAAAAUUAUGCAAAUAGAUCUUUAAAUCAAUCUCCUUAAAAGGAAAUUAUGAUACAAGAUUAAGCAGAAUAGUAAGAGAGAGGAAAGACUUUUGAUAAUUUGAAAGAAUAUGGAGUUGAUGAAAUAUAAAUAAAAAGCGGUGGAGGUGGGAUGAUUAAAAAAAAGAAAAAAUAUGAUUAUAAAUUUAGAGAUGUAAAUGAAUUGGUGUAUGAAUCUGAAAGCAAAGCUCCUUAUUGGAUGGUUGAUAUGAGGUACACUCCAAGAUUAUAUGAAAAGAAAAUGAAAUUGUAAACUAUUAACGAAUGGAAGAAUUAAAGAAUGAUAAGUUGUGAAGAGGAUUAAAUGGCUAAAUAAGAUAUGAUAAAUGCUAAAGAGUAAAAUAAAAAAAGACUGGAAGAACAAAUUGACUCAAUUAGUAAGUAGCAGUUUUAAUGGGAAUAUGUAGUUUCUUAGCAGCUGCAAAAAUACAAAGUUAGAAACUAAAAUAACUCUAUUGAGUAAGGACUAAGUGAUUAUAAAAUUAGCUUAUUUUAAAAUGAUUUUGAUAAGAGAAUACAUAAUUUAUACAUAGAUGAAAAAUUAUUAAAAUUUUCUGCUGAAAAGUAAAGUGCAGAACAAUAAAUGAUUCAACAUUAAUUGUAAUUGGAAAAAGAAAGAGAUAGAUUAAGGUCAUAGGAAAUUAGGUAAUCGAGAGAAAAAAUGAGAAAAAGGUAAUCUAAUAAUUAGAGUAAUUUUCACUCAAUAGAAUCUCCUGAAAGAAUGAAUUAAAGUUAGUAUGAUGGCUUUAACAAUAAAGGAAAUCAAAAUAAUCUUUUAAUAAAUUAAUUUGGUGAUACAAUUUUUAACAUGGAAUAACAAAAGAAUAUAAAAAUUGAUGAAUAAAAUUAUAUAAAAAGUAGUAAUGAGAAUGCUUAAUAAAAUGGUUCGACUAAUUUUGUUGAAAACUAGUUUUUAAGACAUCUAAUAAAUUCCUCUUAAUAGUCUCUAAGAUUGAAUGACAGCACAGACUUAAAUCCAAAUGAUUAAGUCAAAAAGCUUUAUAAUUAUUUUGAAAAUAAUUAAUCAAAGAGAGAGCAUUAAAGCUAAAAUACUGUAAUUAGCUAAAUAAACUAUACAACAAGUGAUUGUAAAGCAAAAGAAAGUAUAGAAACUUAUAUUUAGAAGUAAAUGGAUUUAUAGACAAAGACUAAAUUUCCUACUAUUUAAAGAUCAACAUCAAGAGAUAAUAAAUAAAAAACCCUAUUUUCUCUUAGUGAGAAGAAAUAAAAACAGCAUAAUACUUAUUCUCCUAAUAAAUCCUUUUCAAAAAAGUUAUCUGUAGAUCAUCAAAUUUAAAGAUAUUAUAUCAAUAAUAAUUAGAGAUAUCCAUCUCCAUAGCUCAACUAUAAUGUCUAAAUAGAUUACUCAAACAAUAAAAGACCCUUUUUUUAACAAUAAAACAGAAGUAAAAGCAGUAAUCGUAAAGGUUUUUUAAAUUAAACUUUUGUUAAAUUUUGA